UCGAGCGCUACCGUCUCUCGAGCGAGAUCCAGCAUCAUCGGGCGCGUACGGACUACGUAGCUGUAUGGGGGCGCGAUUAGUAUUGGUAUUUUCUUACGGUGCGAAUCCAAAAUGUCAGACAUCGAUAAAUGGAUAGAGAUCGCGAAAGAAUGCAAAUACUUGCCAGAGAAUGAUCUCAAGAAACUCUGUGACAUGGUAUGUGAUUUGUUGCUGGAGGAGUCCAACAUCCAGCCUGUAUCCACUCCGGUGACAGUGUGCGGCGAUAUUCACGGUCAGUUUUAUGAUUUAGAAGAACUGUUUCGCAACGGUGGCCCCGUACCAGAUACAAAUUACAUAUUCCUGGGAGAUUUUGUCGAUCGGGGUUACUACAGCUUAGAAACAUUCACUCGUCUGCUCACACUUAAAGCUAAAUGGUCUGACAGGAUAACAUUACUACGUGGUAAUCACGAGUCUAGACAAAUCACACAUGUUUAUGGAUUUUAUGAUGAAUGCCAAAACAAGUACGGCAAUGCUAAUGCAUGGAAGUACUGUUGUAGGGUAUUUGAUUUGCUCACAGUUGCUGCCUUAAUUGAUGAACAGGUUCUUUGUGUACAUGGUGGAUUGUCUCCGGCUAUUAGAACACUAGAUCAAAUUAGAACGAUUGAAAGGAAUCAAGAGAUUCCACACAAAGGUGCUUUCUGUGAUUUGGUCUGGUCCGAUCCAGAGGAUGUAGAGACAUGGACAGUAAGUCCACGUGGCGCAGGCUGGCUGUUUGGCAGCAAAGUGACUUACAUGUUCAUGGAAGUGAAUGAUCUUAAACUCAUCUGUAGGGCACACCAAUUAGUUCAGGAAGGUUAUAGGUACAUGUUUAAUGACAAACUCGUCACAGUGUGGUCUGCCCCAAAUUAUUGUUAUCGAUGUGGUAACAUAGCUAGUAUCAUGCAGUUCACGACAGUGGAUCAGAGAACACCUGUGCUGUUCCAGGCAGUGCCUGAUUCCGAGAGAGUAAUCCCACCCUUAACGCCCACUCCGUACUUUUUGUGAUCUAUCUUAGUGGCUCAUCUGUAUGGAUGCAGAAGGGAAAUGUCUGUGUCUAGACUCUACGGAAUCACAUGAUUUGAUUGGCCGGAUCCAGGCUGGUACCAUGACGGAACCAUACAUUCAUGAAAAUAUAUCACACAAAUCGAUUAUACAUAUUACUCUAGAAAAUUUUAAUUCCCUUAAAAGAAAUUGUUUGAUGCGUUCUACGAUCGAAAUACGAUACUUAGAGGACUGAAUUGUCGUGUGAUUGCUCUUAUUCAGGGAAUGUUCUUUAGAUUUUUUAAGAACUUUAUCAGGUUUUACAUGUUGUAAAGCUAACUUUUAUAUAUAUACAUAGUAUCUGCCAUUGCAUCAGCCUGAUUUUUGUAGUUCGAAAAAAAAAGAAAACGAUAUUUUGCAUCAGAGCAAAUGUGAACAUUCUGUGGUCUAGACGCUUUUGCUGUCUACUAUGUACAUUCUGUAGAGCAUUCAUAUCUCAGAGCAGCAUUCUGGACUUCGAUGUUCAAAAGACUAAGAGCUUUUAAAUAAUUUAAUAUGAGCGCAAAUAGUCCAGUGCUGUGUGUGUGUGAAUAAAAAGAAAAAAGAAAUAUCAUGUUUAAAACAUUCCGGCAAAAAGUACACUCUCUGAGUACAUUGAAUGCUUCUCUGACAUAACAAUCGUUGUGCGUAGAAUUCAGGUUUAUCAAAGCGUGAGCAUAUAUAGUACUGUUAAGGUCUUCCUGAACAUGUAAAUGAUCUGUUGCUGAUUUAGGUACUGUGUGUGCUGCGUGCUGUUCUUUUUUCUUCUAAAUGCGCAAUCAGUGUUCUUAGCAAGAAUCAUAAAUUCGGCUCAUUUUCGCCGAAGUACAAAUAGCGUGUAGCAGUAGCCAAAGUUUUCUUGCUUAGGUAAGGAAAUCCGAUAGCGGAAUCGUUAUAGCAUCUAUAGAGAGUUGUCUUAUUAUUUUUAUGCACAUGACAUUUUUUACGCUUAAUUUUAAGAAAAUUUGAGCUCAAAUAUUGUCUUUAUCUUGACACACAUUGAUAUUUUUUUCGAAAAAGAUAUCCACCGUUCGUUCGUCACACUUCUCUUCUCUCUAUAUAUGUAUGUGUACAAAGCAAUAUUUUCAAAUACUAUUGCAUUCUCCGACUCUUUGUACAAUUUCCAAUAUCGUAUGCCAAAUCGCUGUCGUAUUAAAUAAUCGUAAUUAGCUAAUUGUCAUAAGUUCAUUAAUGUAGGGAGCAACUUAAAGAAAAAAAACCGAGACCCUUAGCAAUGUGCCUCUAAAUUAAUAAGCGUUUGUGUAAUAUAAUGAUACGAUAUUGAUAUGACAUAAUUAAUGGAAAUGCACCGGCCAUUGCGUAUCAUAAGCCUGAAUUCUGACCAUCGAUUUUUGCUAGCUCACGAUAAUUCCUAACCGAUCACAGACCUGACAAAUACGGCAUUGGCAUUGUGGCACAGGCUGUCAAGUUGAGACUACUCUAUUUUGAAUUUUGUGAUAUAGACCGAUGGAGGCAUGUGCAAUGGUCAUGUCGAUGUUUAUAACGACUCUCCUUGUCGCACCAUUCGAAGGUGGUUUUGUGGGAAGACCCGUUAUUCCAAGAAAUAUAAUAAACUUUUGAACAGUGCCUUCAGAACUAUAACACGACGGUCUACUAGAAGUAUAAAUGCUUUCUUACUGACAGAUAAUCAUAGACGAACUAACAUAAGGACGAAGAAUCAUACAAAUAUCAGAGCUUAAUGAGAAUGAGGAAAUUUUUAUCACCCUCUUUUUAUUCUAUUUAUCUAUUUCAUGAACAUUACGCUCUAUUAUUUUGGAAUAAAUCUUUGCUUUUUUCGCGAAACUUUUCUACGAUAUAUGUAUAUAUAUCUAUAUGUAUAUAUAUAUAUAUAUAUAUAUAUAUAUAUAUAUAUAUAUAUAUAUAUAUAUUUUACGUUUUACCAUUUUACUGCCUUUUAGGUCUACUUCUUACAUUUUACACACCACACGCGCGGGAUACUCUCUAUUUGUACUACAUUUAUUACAACGUACUAUUGCGCGAUACUUUACGCGAGUAAUGUAUUACAUUAGGUAGAGGAGGAGCGCAUCUAGAACGAAUCGGGACACGGAGCUUGCGUUACAAACUCGACUCGCUACAUUUGCAGCCUCCGAGUCGUGAAACGGUGUCACAACGACGGGAACGCCCUACGUGCGGUACGGGUAUCGUAGAAAUCUUUAAAAAAAAAAAAAAGUAUUAGCCCCUGUAUCUACUACUGGGGUGUUCGCGGCGUUUCGUCUACCGGAAUGCCUCUGUCUGUGAUCGCUUUAAUCUUAUCGAAGUGUCCAAGCGCUUGCGGCGACUCGAUAUUAAUAAUCGGUAAGUUCGCGAGAGAGAGAACAAAUAAAGACAAUUUGCAAGAUAAAAUAAAAUAAUGAAGACUAAUUUAGCUUAAUGUGCUCCGUGCGGGAGCUUGAACACUGCGCAUAAUCCUUAAAGAUCUCACAGGUAGACACCAUUUUAAAACGAUCAUCAUGUACCUUGAAAGUAUAGACUUUGUUAUGUUAAUGUAAUGAAGAACGUCUGUAAUAAAAAUGCGCAAAAAAUCGCA